AUGGGUAUGGACGCGCAGAUGAAGUACAAGCAAGAGUUCAAGUCGGAUCUCUUCAACGUCGGCCUGCCCGGGCUGAGCUACGGCGUCGUCACCAUCGGACCGUGCAUCGCGGUGGGCACGCGCGUCACCCUGGAGGCCGAGGCCAAGGACAAAAUCCUCGGGGGUGCUGAGAUGGGUCUGCAGAACGUGCACGUCAAAAUCGAUUUUAUCAACCCCAUGCAUGGCGCCAAUGACUGUUGGGACCCGUACUUCAAGCCCAUGUUCAAGGUCGAGGGCGAGCUCAUGCUUGCCGCCGCGCUGGGCUUGCCCAUUGGGCUCAAGUGUGGCUUGCAAAUCUCGACGUGGGACAAGUCUGCCGAUUCCUUUGCUGGACACAAACGACGAGAGGCCGACCCGCGGCUGCAUUCCCCUGCGCGCAGCCUCGGAACUUCUGGCGCGUCCCCAGCAUCUGAUACCCCGACACCGUCCGAGUCGUCUGACUCUGUUUCCUCGGGUUCUUCUGGGUCUGGUUCAUCCGCCUGUUGGGGAUCUGGCUCGUCUGGUUCUGGCUCCUCUGGUGCAGACUCAUCUGAGUCUUCGGAUUCUAGCGCAUCUCAGUCGUCUGACUCUGGUCCCUCGGCGUCUGGCUCAUCGGACUCAUCUGGCGGCUUCUCCGAGUCCGACUCCUCUUCUGACUCAGCAUCCGCCCCAUCCUCGCCCCCCACGGGAUCCAGAUCGAAUCAGUCCGUUGUCGACAUCACCUCCAAGAUCAAAGCCUCCAACAAUCCUCGGUCCUCGACUAUGCCACCCAACCCCUGCCCAACCGUCCGUACAAUGACACCAACGGUUACGAGUACUCGCCUCGUCGGUCCGGACGCCACCAUGAUGGUCGUGUCCUGUUCCAACGGCAACCUGUACCCCUUCCCCAUCAACGGCAGCGACAACGCGGCCUGCUCCGAGAUGUGGGCGUCGCACAGCGACAUACUCGUGGCCGACGGCUCGCAGCGGCUGGCGCACUAUUACAACAACACCAUGAGCGCGCCGGGAGUGUCGCGCCUGCGCGUCGAGGACGAGGCCGACAUCCCCAUGGGCGGCGUCGUGGUCGGGUUUGCGCCCUACAGCUACGACGGCAGUCAUGAGGAUGACAGCUACUUCUAUCUUGCCGUCGACCCGCACGACGACGUAUUUUAUCCCACGGCGUCCAGGUACGAGGAACCGAGCCUCGGGGCCAGAUAUCUUCUUGGCCAGGGAUCCGGACGAAGGCGCGGCGGUGCUGAAGAGCGCGGACGUGCAGUAUCAGUCACGGGCGGCAAGGUUACGGGCUGCUCCCCGCUCAUGCUGAUGCAGGGCAAGUACGAUGAUUUGGAUAACUAUCUCAGCUACACCGAGGCGCGGGAUAGUACGCCUUGGGACCUUGAAAAUGGAUAA